CACGCAUACAACAGUGGUCUCUAAGAGCGCGCAUGUGUCUCGUGGAUUUUUAUAUCUGAACUACUUUCCCAGUGUCACGUGUGCUGCGUGUGGCUGGUUUAAGAGACACCUAGUGGUGUGGAUGCAGCAUCAUUCAAAAUCAACAGUUUUAUUUAAUCCAAGAGUGAAAGUGUCCAGUAACAGGACGGUUACUGAGAUUAAUCGAGUAGUAUUAAAGCUGGUCAUGUGAUUCUAACAUGGCAGCCCCCAUGAGGGCGCCCCCGCCCCAUGUAGAAUAAAACCGCUUUUAUAAGGUUACUGAUAUGACUAGUCCUCAUCUCAUAAUCGGCAUGUGCGCCCCAGUUAGGCAGGAUUUUUAAAUCAUUGACAGUGCUGGAAGCUGGACAAAGGUGAAUGCUGACAUUUAUUUGCACACUUGUAGCUGUUUAACACCUCUGUUGGAUCACGUCGAAAGGGUUCUCUCGGCUCGCACUAUUAGUUAACACAGUGAAUUUCUUUGGGUUAAAUGGCUAGUGCAGUCACUGGGUUGUUACCAGUCUGCGAACUCUGUAAUACUGCCAAGCCUGUAGCUAUUAGUCUUGAGGAUAAAGGUUUCUUUUGCUUGUUAUGUAUCAUUAGAUAAUUCAGUUUGCAAAAGAGUUGCUUACAGUGUCAGAAGGGCUGUAACCAGACAGUUAAUAUAAACAUGAUGGAAAUGAGUACACGCGGUGAAAGGACAGAGGACGUUAAGGAGGAAUUGAGGACUGAUGAAAAUGGACACACUGUGGAACCUGAGGCUCCAGAAACCAAGGACGACCUGGAAACCCAAACGCAGAAGCCUCAAGCCUGGUUGUGGUCCGUGGUUUACCUUUGUUGGUACGGCUUCAUGGUUCAGCUGAAACCUGGAGAGCCGUUUAUCACACCAAACCUGCUCAGUCCAGAGAAGAACUUCACGAGAGAACAGGUCACCAAUGAAAUCAGCCCAGUGCUCUCGUAUUCCUACAUGGCAGUGCUGGUGCCUGUUUUUCUGCUGACAGAUUACCUGCGCUACAAACCUGUAUUGAUCCUUCAAAGUUUGAGUCAUGUUUCCAUUUGGCUCUUGCUGCUUUUGGGCACCUCAUUGCUGGAAAUGCAGUUAAUGGAGUUCUUUUAUGGCAUCACCAUGGCUGCCCGUGUGGCCUACUCCUCGUACAUCUUCUCACUGGUGCCAGCGACUGUGUACCAGCGUGUUGCCAGCUACUCCCGCUCCUCUGUGCUCAUGGGAGUCUUCAUAAGCUCUGUGUUGGGUCAGAUGUGUGUGUCGGUAGGUGGCGUGUCAUACAUGAUGCUCAGUGCUGUAUCUUUGGGGUUUGUCACUUUUGGUUUGCUGUUGUCUGUCUUCCUGCCAUGGCCCAAGCGUAGCUUGUUUUUCAACCAAGCCUACUUGGAGGAGGAGAGAAAGGUUGCAGCUCAGUCAGAAUUGGCCAGAAUGAAACCUGAUAAGGAUGGCAGUGUGGCAGCACAAAGCAGUAACGUCAGUGCCCAUUCCUGGACCAAUUCAGUGUUUGUUCAGAUGCUGAAGGAGUUGAAAAAUGUCAUGAAAGUGCCUAGUUUAAGGCUCUGGAGCUUGUGGUGGAUUUUCAACUCAACUGGUUACUAUCUAGUUGUCUUUUAUGUGCACAUCCUGUGGAAUAAAGUUUACCCUGCCACAGAGAACAAGCAUGUCUACAAUGGAGCUGUUGAAGCUGCCUCGACAUUAUUAGGUGCGAUCACGUCAUUUGCAGCAGGCUAUGUGACAAUACGAUGGAAUCUUUGGUCCGAACUGGUGAUUGGAUUGAUUACUGCGGCACAGGCUGGUCUACUGCUGCUCAUGGACACCACAGAUAAUAUCUGGGUUUGCUAUGUGUCAUACGCCCUGUUCAGAGGCUUGUACCAGUUCCUGGUGCCUAUUGCCAUUUUCCAGAUUGCAUCCAAUCUUACUAAAGAACUAUGUGCUUUAGUGUUUGGAGUAAACACUUUCCUUGGGACAAUCCUAAAGUCAAUCACCACCAUCAUUGUGGCAGAUAAGAGGGGACUGGCUUUAAAUGUUCAAUCUCAGUUUUUUGUUUAUUUCUUUUACUUUAUCUUCCUGACUGUGAUUUAUCUGGGCUGUAGUGUUUGGAUCAUCACACGUCAUUAUCGAAAUCAGAGAGCAGGAGAGGGGCAGACGGAAGUGUCUGUAGCCACUGAACUCUGUUCCAAGACAGCAGCUGCUAGUGAGGCACAUUGUGUUAUUAAUGGCACCAGCAACAAGGCUUGAGAGUCAAAGGAAUUGUCCUCAUCUCUUAAGCUGUUUAUGUCAAAAUCAUCAAAAUGUUCAACACUAUUAUUAUGAGUAGGAAUAGCAUUGAUUUUUAUUGUUUUCUUAUGUAUAUCCUUUUGUUUUAGGAACAGCACAUUUGAUUUUAUCGUCAACAGAACCAUUUAGGUGUUUUGUGGAAAUGUAGUGGUGCAUUGUGCAUUGACACAAGUGGCCAAUAGGAUGAAAUAUCAGUGGAAAAUAUAGUCUCAGGAUUCACAUAAUGACCUGGAGUUUCUUGGUUUAACUAUCAGUUCGUAAGGUUGUUUUUGUUUGGAAAGCCAAACAUGAAAAGGAAAUAUAGUAUCUUGUUUUGUGAAAAUGUUCUCUCAUGUCAGAACUAUCAUUUGCAAUUUGAAAUAGUCAUUACUGUUUACAGUAUUUCAAUAAUUCCUACUGUUUUUACCAUAAAAUGCGAACAGCUUUCUUUUUUUAUAAAUACUGAUAAUGAUUUUAGUAUGGUUUUACAAUAACAUUUUGUAUUAACAUGUAUCAGUGAAUGUUAAUACAAACAAAAUGUCGUUUCGUUUAGCUUGAAAGAGAUUUUGAUUGAAGUAAAUGUAGACUGUUAUACAUGUAUACAUUUUGACAAUCCAGAAACACAACCUGUGACUUUUCUACAUAGAAAUUAACCAAGAGAAGUUUCUCACACAAUAUGCUUACACAAUUAUGAAGGCAUAUUAUGAUACUAGUGCCAGAGGUGCUCAGGGGUCAUUGACAAAUAACAAGGUGACAAAAAUGAGAACUAUUUUAUAAAAUCUGGUUUAAAACAGAUGUGUUGAGUUCAUGUUUUUACUAAAUUGUCUGAAAAACAUUUAGAGCAUUUUGUGCAAAAAAUUGAUUUAGAGACUUUAAAAAUGUCAUGUGGUGCAACCAUCAAGUUAAAGGUAUUAAAAUAGUUGAAUACAUGAGUGUACAGAACUGUAUUCAUUAAUUAAUAUAAGUUUCGAUGGUACGUUUCAAGGUGAAUUUUUUUUUUUUUAUUUUUUUUUUUUGCAAAUAUCAAAUUAUUUUGAGGUCAAGAAUAUCAAUAAGUUCAAAUGACCUGAACCAAAUGUGCCUUUUCAUUAAAAUGUCAAAAUAUUGAUAUUUAAUACAACAAAAUUAUGAUUUGUUUUUAACUCUUCACACACAGCCUUGUGGGUCUAAAGAGAUCACCUGUAUUUCACAUGACAACAAAAUAUCUACAUGCAAAAUGAUGCAAAAAUGAGUAUCAUGUCAUUGACCCUCAGGCACUUUUAUAUCCCACAGUUGGUAAUUAUUAUUAUUAUUUUUUUAAUAAUCACUUUCAUCUUUUCAAAGUAUAAGAUAUAAAUUAAUAGGAAAAAUGAUCACCACUGAACAGUGGAAUUUAUCAAAAUGGGACCAGCAUACUUUUUGGACUAUAAUAUAAUAAUUUAAAAAAUGUUGCAUUAUCAUUUGCAACUACAGUGUGUUUUAGGUCUUUGUGUCCUGUUUGUACGGAAUUCAAUAUAUGUGGUAAAUCUGUGCAUAAUGCUCACUACUGGAGGUGCACCCUUAUUAGUCAGAAGUUGUGAUUACUAUGAGAUAUUAAUUGCCUAGUUUAGGAUUGAUUACAUCAUCAGGCUUUUAAUUGCCUUGUGAUACUGUAUGAAAGGUUAAUGCAUUGUAUAAAAUUUGAACUAGUUCACUACCUUAUAUUGUUUAAGCAUAAAUCAGUGUUCAAUUAAGAUAUGUGCACUUGAUGUGAUGCAGUGGUUUUUGCACUGCCUUCUUUUUAUGAUGUGACUCAUAAUUCACUUGAGCUGAGACAGCCACAGUUUUAAUAUUUAACCUCAAUCUUUUGUUGUUUUAUAUGGGAGAGAUUUCAAACAUAAGUGUGUACAUGAUAGUAUUGUAAGGUACUGGUCAAAUGGAAUUACAUUUUUGAUCCAAGAUUUUCUUUGCUGAAAGACACUCAAAUAAUGGAAGUGUAUUUUAAGAUAUGAAUUUGUAAGGAUUCAUUCUUAAUAAAUCUUUAAAUCAAUUCUUUAAUAAAAUAAUUACGUAUUAUGGAAAAAAGUCUUACUCCAAUAAGCUACAGAGUGUUGUAAGUAAAGACAAAUACAGUAUUCACAUUUCUGCAUUGUUUUUGAGUGAGAUGUACUUGGUUGAUUUUUAGCUCAUCUGUAAUUUUAAAGGAAUAGUUCAGGAACAGUGGGUGAACUAUUCCCUUAAUGAGACUGUUACUAGCAACAUUUCUGGAUUGAUACAAACCAGGAUUAGUAUUAGAAAUGGUGUUCAUUUAUUGGUAUAAGUUCCAUUGAAAAUACAGUAACAAUAAUUGCUCCCAUGUUUGUAGUGGUCAUAUAAAAAACAAUUACAGUGUUAAAUGUAGAGUAAGUACAACAGGCAAGAGGCUAUUGAACUUGGUUUGGAUUAUAGUCCUAAAAUUACACUUUUUUUUUUUUUUUUAAGAGGUUUUCACAAUGUAUAUCAACUGCAUAUUGCAAUGACAUGAUUCUUUGAGAACCUAAGUGGGCCACAACUCUCUUAUGAAAUCAAAAUUAAAGUCUUGUGGAUUUGAGUCAAAUGUCAGUGCUCUCCAUAAAGUUGACAAACAGAACUUUUACCAGAAAUAUGCAUUUAGUAUAAUAAGACCAACUUCUGACUUGCAAUAGCAUGUAACAAGUAAUGGUUCACAGCUUUGAUGUAAACUAAAGCCUGUUGUCUAUUAAAUAAGAACUUUUUCUGUAGGAAACACUGUAUGUCAUCGCAGGAAAGAAAAAUGUGCUUAAGCGAUUUGAUGGAGUCCUUUACAUUUUAAUUCUGCUGAUGCUUAGAAAAUAAACUAAACCAAACCAAAAACAUGAUUUAGUUCUUUUGAUUAAUAGUUUAGACAGCCUGUCAUUAUGUACUUACGCAGUCAUGGAAUGUUUCUUAAAUUGCUAUUGUUAAAAAUGUUAUAUUUAAAAUCAAUAUAAAAUUAUUAAAAAAAUAUAUAUAUUUGCAAAGUGUAACAAUUGACAAAUGUUCCAGAUUUGUUUUAAUGCAAAUGUGAAUGAAAACAAUCAUGAGAAUAAAAUACUAGUUAAAGAGAAUUAGUUACUAAAGAGUGAUAAUGUUGACAUUUUCUUUGGCAGUAUAUCGUAAGGCUCUUAUUUAACCCUUGUGCGUCAAUAAAUUAAAGUUACUCAGAGGUCCUUCGAGGACAAAAAUGUCCGCAUCGAAAAACUGCCAUAAAAAUAUUAUAUAUUAAUAUUAUUUUCCACUUUCAAUGAGUUAAUUUUUUAACCAACAUCAGUCCUGAUCAUAACUAACAAAUAUUCAUUCAUUUUCAGGAUUUUAACCCUUUAAAUGCCAGUUUGUUUCCAUAAUGCCACUGUUGUUUUUUACACACACACACACACACACAUUUCUCAAUACAUACAAAACACACUCUGACAUCCAUACCAACACACACACACAAUUUUAUCUGCAUCAUUUAUUCAGUUGUCCUGCAGUGCUCUAUAAUACAGCGAAUAACAGAGAAUAGGGAAAAAGCUUGUAUUUGCUCCAUAGGCUAAACAUGAGAAAAAUGGCGCCAUCUGGUGGAAAAUAUUAAAAUGUAAAUUUUGAAUCUAGGGCUCCAGAAUAAAAACAUAAUAUCAUAGAAUUCAUGAUUUUAUGCUUUAAUGGCACUGGGAUCAAAUAUUGCAGUUUUAAUGGGUUUCAAUGGGGACAUUUUUGUCCUGAAGGUCCUGAGUGUAACUAUUGUGUGUACACAGUGUAUUAUAGAUGUAUUAUAGGAACUGAGCUUGAAAUAUCAAAAUUCCCCAAAAUGUAUGCUGUUGGCAUUAACAGCCAAAAUGAUCGAAAAAACAAAAAUGAAAAAGACAAAAAUGUCCUGAAGGUCGCACAAGGGUUAAAGCACCAUUUAGCUCUGUUUGAAAAGUGAAAACAGUAUAGUGAACAUUUAAUUCACAAAAAGUUUUGCCAUAGGAUGUUAGUUUUGAAACUGUGAUCUAAUGCACCUACAUACAUGGUUGUCACACAGCGGUUGAUAGGAAAUAAUAAAAUUGUGCAAGUUUAAAUCUUAAAAUACAUUUAGAUAAACAUCAAACAUAUCAUGUUUCAAUUUGUUGAGGUGUGACUUAGUGUUUGUUCUCUUCAGACACAU